CUCGGUGAUGCGCUGGGCGGCGGGGCCGGUCGCGGGCGCGCGCGCGGCCUGCGGGACAAACUGGGGGAGGGAGUCGGGCUGCCGCUGAGUGCCGCCAUAUUAGCGACCGCGGAGGCCGGGGGAUUCCCGUGAGCGGCGGCGGCGGGGCCUGGCGCAGCAGCGGGCCCUCGAACGGGCGCGGCGUGUUCCUGGGACCGGCGGGAACCGGCGGGAGCCGGCUGGCGACCGGAGCGAGGCAGGCUACCAGAGGCUGCGGGCCCCGCCCCGCCCGCCAUGGACCAGGACUAUGAGCGAAGGCUCUUGCGACAGAUCAUCAUCCAAAAUGAGAACACGGUGCCAUGUGUCUCAGAGAUGCGGAGAACCCUGACACCAGCCAACUCCCCAGUGUCCUCGCCCAGCAAGCAUGGUGACCGCUUCAUCCCCUCGAGGGCCGGGGCCAACUGGAGCGUGAACUUCCACAGAAUCAAUGAGAAUGAGAAGUCCCCCAGCCAGAACCGCAAAGCCAAGGAUGCCACCUCUGACAACGGCAAAGAUGGCCUGGCUUACUCCGCACUGCUGAAGAAUGAGUUGCUGGGUGCUGGCAUCGAGAAGGUACAGGACCCACAGACAGAGGACCGGCGGCUGCAGCCGUCCACACCCGAGCACAAGGGUCUCUUUACGUAUUCCCUCAGCAGCAAACGCUCGAGUCCAGAUGAUGGCAAUGACGUGUCCCCGUACUCUUUGUCCCCUGUUAGCAACAAAAGUCAGAAGCUGCUGCGGUCGCCACGGAAGCCCACGCGCAAGAUCUCCAAGAUUCCCUUCAAGGUGCUGGACGCGCCGGAGCUUCAGGACGACUUCUACCUCAACCUGGUGGACUGGUCCUCCCUCAACGUGCUCAGUGUGGGGCUGGGAACCUGCGUGUACCUGUGGAGCGCAUGCACCAGCCAGGUGACCCGGCUCUGUGACCUCUCUGUAGAAGGGGACUCAGUGACUUCCGUGGGCUGGUCUGAGCGGGGGAACCUGGUCGCAGUAGGUACACACAAGGGCUUUGUGCAGAUCUGGGAUGCUGCUGCUGGGAAGAAGCUGUCCAUGAUGGAGGGCCACACAGCGCGAGUGGGGGCGCUGGCCUGGAAUGCUGACCAGCUGUCAUCUGGUAGCCGAGACCGUAUGAUCCUACAGCGGGAUAUCCGCACACCACCCCUGCAGUCAGAGCGGCGGCUGCAGGGCCACCGGCAGGAAGUGUGUGGCCUAAAGUGGUCCACAGACCACCAACUUCUUGCCUCUGGGGGCAAUGACAACAAGCUGCUCGUGUGGAAUCAUUCAAGUCUGAGCCCUGUGCAGCAGUACACGGAGCACCUGGCAGCCGUGAAGGCUAUUGCCUGGUCCCCACACCAGCAUGGACUUCUGGCAUCCGGUGGUGGCACGGCCGACCGCUGCAUCCGGUUCUGGAACACUCUGACAGGCCAGCCACUGCAGUGCAUUGACACGGGCUCACAAGUGUGUAACUUGGCCUGGUCCAAGCACGCCAAUGAGCUGGUGAGCACACAUGGCUACUCACAGAACCAGAUCCUCGUGUGGAAGUAUCCGUCCCUUACACAGGUGGCCAAGCUCACUGGCCACUCAUAUCGUGUCCUCUACCUGGCCAUGUCCCCUGAUGGCGAAGCCAUUGUCACCGGAGCUGGAGAUGAGACCCUGCGGUUCUGGAAUGUCUUCAGCAAAACACGUUCUACAAAGGAAUCCGUGUCUGUGCUCAACCUUUUCACCCGGAUCCGAUAGACCCGCAGGCGGGAUGUGAAGCCUCAUAGGCAGAGAUGGAGUAGCCAGCAUGCACGGGCCCUGCUGUGCCCAACUUCCCCAGAGGCAUCUGGCGGGCGGGAGCCGGAGACCCCAGAGUCUCAUUAAAUGCCUCAUUGUGAGCUGUGGAGCCAGUGUCUGGGACUGGGACGUGGGGACCGUCAGCCAGAUGGACACUUGCGACCUGUUACCACUGCCCAAGCCAUAUUGGACACAGCUGAGCAAGAGGCUGAGAUCCCAUCAAAUCCCCCAAGCCCAGUGUCACCUGGGUACCGGGGAGCCAUUGUGCCCCUCUGCAGCCACCCCAGCAUCACCCAAGCCAGAACAUCUGGGAGGCGCUGGCAGGGACCUGCGCCUCUCAGCCUGCGACACAUUUGCGUUGACUCUGAUUGCGUUGCCACCCCGUGUCUGUGUGUGCGCCUUCUGUGACCCCUUCCCAUGGGUGUCCGCUCGCCCUGUUCCCAGCCAGUUGCCUUGUUUGCCUGUCCUCCUCUAAGCUUCCUGGGCUGGGACUCCGUCUUCAGACCCCAUUUCUACAGCCCCUCCUUGCCUGGGGAUCCCCAGUGUGGUGGUGGUGGCCUAUGGUGUGUGCAUGUGUGUAUAUAUGUAUUUGUGACA